CUCUCUUUAAGCAUUCGAACCUGCAGGCAAUGGAGAGCUCCAAUAUUUUCCUUCUUCUCUCAUCCCUUCUUUCCCUCCUCAUUUUCCCAUCACCACCCACAGCAGCAGCUCAGCUGAGCCAGAAUUACUAUUCCAGCAUAUGCCCCAACGUCGAGUCUCUCGUCCACACCGCUGUCGCGCAGAAGCUGCAGCUGAGCUUUGCCGCCGCCCCCGGCACCCUCCGCCUCUUCUUCCACGACUGCUUCGUUCGGGGCUGUGACGGGUCGGUGCUGCUCGCGGCAGCGAACGGGGACGACGAGAACCACAGCGGAGCCGACCUGACGCUGUCGCCGGAGGCGGUGGACACCGUAAACCGGGCGAAGGCGGCCGUCGACGGCGAUCCGCAAUGCACCAACAAGGUGUCUUGUGCCGAUAUUUUAGCCAUUGCAGCUAGAGAUGUCGUCUCCCUGACGGGCGGGCCGUAUUACCAGGUCGAGCUUGGGAGAUUGGACGGUCGGGUAACGUCGAAAGCCAACGUCAAACACAAUCUUCCUGGCCCAGGAUACAACUUGGAUCAGCUCAAUGCGGUGUUCGCCGCGAACGGGCUCACGCAAACCGACAUGAUCGCGCUCUCCGGUGCACACACAAUCGGAGUCACCCACUGCGACAAGUUCAUUCGCCGGAUCUAUCGGUUCAAGCAGCCGCUGGCGUUCAAUCCGCCGAUGAACCUGACCUUCUUGCGCCAGAUGCGCCAGAUCUGCCCGUUGAACUACAACCCGUCGACCUUCGCAAUGUUGGAUCCGGCCACACCGUUUAAGUUCGACAACGCGUACUACCAGAAUCUACAGAAAGAGAUGGGCCUGUUGGCCUCGGACCAGAUCUUGUUCACCGACCAGAGGUCGCGGGGACUAGUAAACUGGUUCGCGUCGAACCAGACCGCGUUCGAGGAGGCGUUCGUGGCUGCUAUGACUAAGCUCGGGAGGGUCGGGGUUAAGAAUGCGACCGAAGGAGAGAUUCGGCGGGUCUGCACCGCCGUGAACUAGAUUGGAUUGGAUUGGAUUGGAUUGGAUUGGAGUAUACAUGUAAUUUAUUGUGGGUAUUAAUUAAAAUGUUCUUAAUGAAAUUUUUUAUAUGUUUUUUGUGUUUCUUUGAAAUUCUUUUGGUAUGUCAUGUAAUCAUGUUUUUGGCAUUGGUAUAUGAUAUAAGGAGGCCAAAUUGAUGGGUUACUUAUUUA